CUUUCCUUCCACAAGGAUACCAAUAGUGUUGGACACAUGUUAUAAUUUUCCAAAACAUCCAUCUGACAAAUGACCUUAUCUUCUUAUGGGGAACUUCAGGAUCAAUGCCUCUCAGGCUCCCAGCUUUAUUCUGACAGGCUUUCCAGGACUGGAAGCCCUGGAGCCCUGGAUGUCUCUCCCUUUCCUUUUAUUCUAUGCCAUCUCCAUUGUAGGCAACUCCUUGAUCCUCCUCAUCAUCAAGGAGGAACAGAGUCUGCACCAGCCCAUGUAUUACUUCCUGUCCCUACUGUCUGUCAAUGACCUGGGUGUGUCUUUCUCCACACUGCCAACUGUCUUGGCUGCCCUUUGCUUCCAGGCCCGCGUGAUCACCUUUAAUGCCUGCUUGGCCCAGAUGUUUUUUAUACAUCUCUUUUCUUGGACAGAGUCGGGCAUCCUUCUAGCUAUGAGUUUUGAUCGCUAUGUAGCUAUAUGCAAUCCACUGCGCUAUGCCACUGUGCUCACCAAUGUUCGCAUCGUGGCAAUGGGCCUAGGAACAGUCCUCCGUAGCUUUGUUCUCAUUGUUGUUUUCCCAGUGCUUUUGCACAGGCUGCCCUUCUGCCACCCUCAGAACAUCCUCUCCCAUGCUUACUGCCUACAUGUGGACAUGAUUAAACUGGCGUGUACUGAUGUUUCCCUCAAUAGCCACUAUGGGUUGUCCAUCGUGUUGCUCACCUUUGUUCUGGACUCUGCGCUCAUCCUCAUCUCUUAUGUGCUUAUCCUGCGAUCAGUGCUGGCCAUUGCAUCUCAGGAGGAGCGCCUGAAGACACUCAACACAUGUGUAUCCCACAUCUUGGCUGUGCUCAUCUUCUAUGUGCCCAUGGUCAGUGUGUCUAUUGUACAUCGCUUUGGGGCUGGCCUGCCUCAUGCAGUCCAUAUCCUCAUGUCUAUUCUCUAUCUCUUUGUGCCUCCUAUGCUAAAUCCUAUCAUCUAUUCCAUUAAGACAAAGGAGAUACGCCGGAGACUAUUCAAGAUGCUUUUCAGAGUCAAGUUGUGACUGAAGCAAAGACAGAAAUGGUCUGUGAUCUAUCUAGUGUUGGAGGUAUGGACAGUCAGGCACCAGAAUAGG